AUGAAGAAGGCGUUUCAGAGGCUUAAAGCCAAGUUUAAGCAACCAGAGGGGCCACAGAGCUCAGCCUCCCAGCCAACAUACAAUGUACAAGGUACCACAUUCGAUGAGAGAAGGCAAGCGGGGCAUGCGGUAUCUGGGUCGGUUUCGCAUGGGUUGUUCGUCUUGCAUCCGCCUCCGGAGCUGCCCUGCGACACUGGAUCACUUUCUGUCGACAUCGUUGCCGUCCAUGGACUCAAUGGACAUGCUCGCCGUACGUGGAAAGACGAAGUUGAAGGCUUGCUCUGGCUGGAAGACUUUCUUCCCACAGUCAUGCCGCAUGCGCAAAUAAUGACAUUCGGUUAUGACUCGAGCUUGCUUCUUAGCCACUCCGAAGGUACCAUCGAGGACUUUGCCAGAGACUUGCUCAACAGGCUCUGGAUGAUGAGGCAGUCGCCAGAGACAAAAAAUAGGCCGCUCAUCUUUGUUGCCCAUAGUCUUGGCGGCAUUGUCGUCAAAAAGGCACUUAUCUUGGCACAUGAGAACAACCUCCAGUACGGAAACAUCUUGUCAUCGACUAUCGGCAUAGUCUUCAUGGGCACGCCCCACGACGGUUCUAAUAUUGUCAAUUGGACUUCUUUUCUCCGAAAUGCUGUCCAAAUCAUGUCUGGUACCCAACUUGUGAGGACGGAUCUCAUCAAAGAACUGAGCAGGCACUCCCCAACUCUCCUCAAUAUCUCAAAGUCAUUCCUGCCGCGGUCUGCCGACUUGACAAUCAUGUCCUUCAUUGAGACGCGCUCUGAACCUCCGUUGACAGUUUUGGUAGUUCCGCCUGAAUCUGCCCGGCUAGGGUUGCCGCAGGAGAUGGUCUUCCCGGUCAACACCCAUCACCGAAAUAUCUGUCGUUAUCCUUCAGCAAAAGAUCAGGUAUAUGUCCUCGUCGAAAGUUGCAUCAAGUCCAUUGCUUCUGGCGAAAGCAAGGUCAACCCUGUGGAAACAGCAACUCAUUUAGCCAAAGAGGCUUCUGAAGCAUUUGGAGGGUUACCUGAGGAUAAACGAACUCCUGGUGCCGCAGAAAGAAGCCAUCCAAUUGUCAAAGUAGUUCCAACCAGUUCUCCAGCGAGUUCCAGGACCACUUCGACCUUGGUUUCAGGGAGAGUCUCAUCACUGCUCAAGGCUACAGUGCCUGGGUUCUCUAGUAAAAGUCCUACUGACCGAGGAAGCAAGGCUUCAAUCACUCUGGCUAAUGCGGAUAGUGAGCAUGACAUGGUUAGACUACGAAUCAGCGGAUUGAAACCCAGGAUUUCUGCAGUGGAGCGAGGCUGGACCCAAUGUACAAGGGUAUUUCGAGUCCCUAGCGACACUCCAUUGCGCGAGCUACAAGGCCUCUUAAGAGAAGAGGCGCCAGACCUUACCAUCCCAAGAUUAUUCAAGUUUCCAUGCCGCAAGUCCUCAAUUUCUGAGGAGUGGGUGGACUGCUUUACCUCCAACGUAGAGGUAACUAGUGGUAGACCGUGUUUUAAAGAAUCGCUUGGCUACAAGAUCAAUCAGCACCAAACGGUAGCGGCCUUCUUCAGCAGAAUAUUCCCAACACCGGUCGAGGCCACAAUUCGCAGGUACCCCGGAUGGAUGCAAGACAAUACUGGGUUAAGUCAUUCCGUGACUGUCGGUUGUGAAAAAUCUUCCAGUCUGCAGAUAUCGUUCAUGCGGACAGUGUGCGUGCGGGGAAACGCGAAAGAAGUCAGUCCGCCUCUUGGGCUAGGCACGUUCCCCUUGUUCAACACUCAGGCACACAGAAACGAGCUUCCACCCGAGGUCACCUCGCAAGGAGGUCUAUUUCUUCCGAUGUACGAAAGAGAGGCCAUGUAUAUCUCCUUCGACUGCCCUGACACUACUAAGUUUGCCGUGCGGCCAUACCUCGGAGGCGUGAAUGGGAUUUCCGGAGAAAAUCUGUUCUAUACGACUCCAAAGGAUAGACUCCAAUCUAUCGAAUCACCCUCGGCGCUGCGGGAACAAGAUUACAUUGUCAUCCCGGAGCAAGACCGGCUUGAUGGUGUAGCGGUCCGACCUGGCGUCGUCAAACAAUUCGUCGCAAUGAGGAGAACCCAUGAGGCAAAGGAAGACGCAAAAUCUACGACGCUGUUGAAAAGCCUAACAGAAUCUGGCAAGCAAGCUCUAGACUCCAUGGAAGGCACUCAAGAAGAUGCAGGCACCAUCGAAUGGCAAAUGACCGGAAAAGAUGAUUUCGGGGGGAUCCAGUUACAGAUCAUACCACAGUUCAAAAUUGAACGUAUGUUUGCUGGCAAUAUAAGAGAUGCAUGCCCUCAGACGCAUGGCGGUAAUCUGAGGUCAUAUGGCCCAGUUUCCGAUAUGGCGGUCACGUACGAUGUUUUAAGAACACCAGAGGAGAUGGGUCUUAGGCCGGGAGAGUUCAUUCACCUCAGAAAUCUGGAUCUGGAGUGUGAAAAGAAACGCGACAAGGUAGUGGCCGAUUUGGAGAGCGAGGCCCCGAAACAUUCCGACAUUGUCGAGCUGGAGGCGUUUCGCAACCCUUCACGGGUGAACAUCUUGACCGUGAGGGGAGAGGGGUCGGAUAGAGAUCCUGUUAUUUUCAAGAUUGACGCCGAUGAUAGAUUUGAAGAUUUACAGACAGCUGCGCGAGAAAUCUUCAACAUGCCGGAUUCUGAACUUCAUAUCCCAGGACUUGUUGCCAACAACCCGAGCCUUCAUGUUAGAGUGAAGAGCUGGGAACAGUUCGGUUUUCUUACUGAAUCAGUGGAUACAAGCGAUGGGUUCAGGCAGGGGAGAACGUACAGCCACUUGGACUCCGUGACUUCAGAGUCUCCAGGCGUGAACCAAUUCGAGCUCAUUCUUGCACCCAGCAGCGCCAAACUCCUCUGCCACGUUGACUUUCUAAACGGGGCGAAAGUCUCCUUCUUGACGGUAAAGGCGCCAUUGAUAGUCGAGCUGCCGAUAUCAAGUACCAUUGCCGAUCUCAGGCGAGUAGUCGAGGAUGUGACAGGCUUUUCCACGAAUGGUAUGAGGUUUACCUAUUCUUCUAGCCCCUGUUUAGACCCAGAGAAACCCAUAUUUGGACCCGGAACGCCCAAUACCCUCGAUUUGAUGCCUGCCAUCGCCCUAGAUGACAGUAUCACUAUAACACUGAAAACACUAACUGGCAGAACUAUUCCUCUGUGGGUCCAGCCGGGUGACACAGUUGAUAGUGGUAAGAAUCUGGUCCAGACGCUCGAGGGAAUACCACCGGAUCAGCAAAGAUGGAUUUUCAGUGGUAAGCAGAUGGAGGAUGGGCGUACUUUGAUGGAUUACAAAGUUGGAGAUGGUGAUACACUUCAUCUCGUCCUCCGCCUGCGCGGUGGAGGAUUUCCGACAACGAAGGUGAGGUUGGAUGGCAUCAUUGUCUUCGAUGGUCAGGUAAAGGACGUCGAGACGUUGAAGCAACGAAUCCUCGAUACUCUAGGCAUCCCACCACACCGACAAGACUACGGGGAGCCAGACGACUUCAUCCUUCAAGGUAGCGACCACACCUUUGAACUUCGUAUCGCUGCCCCUGAGCGCGUGACCCUCGGCAUUGGUGCAGGAGGGAACAUUAUCCAAGAUCUUCGCGCAGAUACGUCGAAUCCGCGCAUGUGGGACGUCUCCAAUUCCAGGAUUCUCUACGUCCACCUCAUAAACCUCCGUGAUUUUGAGAACAUCACAGGCAUCCCACCACCGAAGACGCCGGUUUCCAGGAAGGUUUACGCGGAUCUAGGACUGCAGUAUGAGGGGAAUUGGGGAAGCGAAGAUAUGAAGGGCGAGGGGACCAGCUACACCAAAGCUUUUGACCAACUUGUGAGUCUGGAGGACGACGGUGAUGCACUGGGUAAAAGACGAAACCGGCAGUCGGACGACAGUACACUCUAUGAUACAAAGAGAGUUCCUAAGUAUCCCCUCGUGCUACUCGAGGCUGAUCAGACGCUGCCGUGGUUUGAAGGGUUUGAUCGCAAAUCGGGUGACGCACAGCUCCAAUAACCCAUAGCCAAGUAUGGUGGAAAGAUGAAUAAGCAUGAGGUAGCUGGAUAGGGAAAUAGCUUCGCUCAAGAUUAUACCUUUAGUAUGUAGGCGUUGAGAUUCUUUCCAACGGUGUUAGUACCUAUCCUAUCGUGAUGUUUCAAAAAAUCAGCGUAUUAUGCUUAGGUGUCCAAGAACAG